AGUGCCUAAAGCCAAAAAGUUUUUCACUAAUGAACGCCUUGGUGGUUCUUGACGGUCCAGUUUUAAUCGAUCUGGCUGGUACUAAGCACGUGUCGGUCUAAAGUUCGUAGGGUGUCUACUUACUUCUAUCGGAGGGCAAUGAUUGCAUUGGAGCACAUCUUUUGCAAUUGGUGGGUGACCAUCAUCGGAUUUUACGCGUUAGUUGUUUAUCUAAUCGAUGUGCUCAAAUCACCAUGCCAGAUCUUCUGGUACACAUGGACUAAAGGCAAAGUUCCGCUUCCCAAGCGUUUUGGAAAAUGGGCCGUUGUCACUGGAAGUUCCGAUGGAAUCGGGAAGGAGUACGCAAUAAAUUUGGCCAGAGCUGGGAUGAAUGUUGUGUUGAUUUCGCGCACUGAAUCUAAACUGGUUCAGGUUGCAGCCGAGAUCAAGGAAAAAUAUCCCACUGUUGAGGUGAAAGUACUGGUGAUCGAUUUUGCUGACGGUAACAAAGUGUAUGACCAAAUUCGAGAAGAACUGCAAGGGCUGGAAGUUGGCAUUUUGGUUAAUAACGCAGGUAUGCUCCACCGAAUGCCCCGACGUUUUGAUCGGUUGACCCGUGAAGAAAUCGAAGACACCAUUUCCGUCAACUCAAUUCCACCGGUGAUGCUGAGCCACAUGCUACUGCCGGAUAUGAGACGCCGUAAAAAGGGAGCGAUCAUCAAUAUAACAUCUGGUUCUGCAAUUUUCCCGUUGCCCUUUGCAUCCGCCUAUUCCGGAUCGAAAGCUUUCUUGAUCAGUUUUACCAAGGCACUGCAACAGGAACUGAUCGGAACCGGAGUGUCAUGUCAAAUCGUGAUACCAAUGAUAGUUGCCACAAAUAUGACGACUCAAUGGCAAAGUCUGACUCUGGGCCGGAUCAUUUCUCUGGACGCUCCAACGUAUGGAAAGCUUGCUGUUGAAAAAAUUGGAAAAACUGAUCAAACCACGGGUUGUGCAUUCCAUGGCUUACAGAUGGCGUUUAUUCGACUGUUCCCCACAUGGUUUAUAACUCUCACGGCUGCCAUGGCGAUGACGAUAGCUGGACGAAUUUUCAGAAAGAAGUCUUCUUAAUUCGAAGCUGUUUUGUUUUUGAAAAUAUGUAUUUACUGUUUUUACUAACGUUUAUUAAUUAUUUAAAUUCAUUAAAUAAACAUUAUUUCAGGUAGGUAUUCUUUUUUUAAUUACUCAUGAUUGCCAACGCGGCAUUGGAAGCUGGCUAAAAGCAUACAGUUGGCCCAAAGUAGAGUAAACUGAUCUUUGUUAAAC